AUGUUGACUCAUUUGUACUUUUUUGAUAAUAUGAGAGUAUUCGCCUAAAGAAUUUUAUUCUGUCUCUCAAUAUCAGAUUUUCUUUAUUCAUUAGGAUUACUGUUAUACGUAGAGCCUGAUUUAAUUAACUACAAUAAAUAUAGGUUUUAUUAUGAUAAUAAUUUAGAUGCACUGUUUAAGGAAUAAUAACUUAAUUUGCUACAAUAAGUGCUUUUUUAUGGAGUGCUUCUAUUGGAUAUUUAUUAUAUAUUUCAAUAAUGAGAGGGUAAUAAUAAAUUGCAUAACUAGAAAGAUAUUAGAAAGUAAUUUUCAUUUUGGGUAAUGGUUUAUUAUAACAAUAGGAUUUGCUCUUCCUUUAUUUACUUCUAUUUUACCAUAGUUUUUCGAUUCCUAUAUUCCAACACCUUAAAAUGUGCCUGUUACUUGUUCAAUCUGUUCUAAUAAUUAAAAUAAAUCAUCAGAAGAAAAUUAUAAUCUUAGUUUGUAUUUAAAUUUAUCAUUGUUUUACUUACCUUUAAUUUUUACAGUAGUAACUUCAAUAUAUUUCAUAAUGAGAUCAUAUUUCAAAAUAAAAAAAAUCAAAAGUCAAUUUGA